AUGUCAUCCCAGAACCAGUCAAGUGUUCUUCAUAAAUUCAAGGACAUCCUCUUUUCUACUAUGUCUUCAGAAGAACUUCUAAGUUCCAUGGAUUCUUUCAAUGCAAGAGAAGAUGAUGUAUUUCUGGUUUCCUAUCCAAAAUCAGGUACCCACUGGAUUGCAAAAGUCAUUGAGAAUAUUCCCAAUGCUGAAAUUACUCUAACAUCUCCAAUUGAAUUGGGAGACAUUUCUAAAUUUGAAGAGCUAAAGAUGUGUUGUAAGAGAAGAGUUAUUCCAACACAUUUGAGCUAUAACAUGCUGCCAGUGGAUAUUAAACAAAAACAAUGCAAGAUUAUCUACAUCAUCAGGAAUCCAAAAGACACAGCUGUUUCUCUGUUCCACUACUACAGAGAGAACCCUAAUCUCCCUGGCAUUGAAUCCUGGGCUGCAUUUUUAGAGCUAUUCCUAAGAGGAGAUGUUGUGUAUGGAUCUUGGUUUGAUCACAUUUUAACCUGGGAAGACCACAAAAGUGAUGAAAACAUUCUAUUUAUAUUCUAUGAAGAAAUGAAGAAAAAUCCUUCUAAAAGCAUAAAGAAAAUAACUACUUUCCUCGGUAUAAAUGUGAGUGAAAGAGAAAUCAAUCAGAUUGCUUGUAAAUCAUCAUUCAGGGAAAUGAAAAAUGAUGCAGCCAAAGAAAACUGUGACGCAAAUAAGACCAUCUGUGCCCUCACAUCAAACAGGAGCCUGGUAUUCAGGAAAGGAGCAGUGGGUGAUUGGAUAAACUACUUUACUUCAAAGCAGAAGAUAGUAUUUGAUGAACUAUUUGCAGAGAGAAUGAAGCACAGUGAACUAGCAAGACACUUUGAAGAUUAUUCUUAAUACAAAUGGAAAAUGAAACCAAUUUCCAUUUUAUGCGAUACAGUGCUUGUAGAAUACAUAAAUAUUUUUUACCAAUGUGGAAAGCAGAUAUUUGUUUCAGAGAGAAAUGGACACUUUAUGAAUGCAUCAAGAGUGCCAUGCGCAAGAGACUAUUAUUAUCAUAUUUGAUGGUA